CCCGAACGCGACGUCCAUCGGUAACGAUGGAUCUUCCCAAUUUGAUUUGAAGUUUUCAUCACUCGAACACACGUCACGCGUUUUGCGCAUUGUGAAAAGAGAACUCGGUGUGUCUUCAGUGCGAUCGCUCAACCUGCACGUACUACUAUGUCAUGAAGGCGCGAAACCAAUUAAUUAAGAUAAUUAUCGAGAAUAUGUAUUUAUAGUAAUUAGUUAAGAGAAAGUGUGCUCGCGUUUGUGCGAAAGUUUAUACUAAGUCAAGAAUCCUGUUUAAAGGGUGGAUUAUUGUAAUUGUAUGCAAAAUGCUGGGCAGCGAGGAGGAAUUGGAGCCGCAAACACACUCGGGAAUGACGAAAGCGGAACUGAGAAGGAGUAACAAACCGAUCAUGGAAAAACGACGGCGAGCUCGAAUUAAUCAGUAUCUCGAUGAGCUGAAAAAUUUCAUACUCGUAAAUGAAAAAGACCCGACUAGACACUCAAAACUCGAGAAGGCUGAUAUUCUGGAAAUGACGGUGAAACAUAUACAAACGAUGCAACGACAGCAUUUGAGCACGGCUGUCGCUAACGAUCCGGCGGUGCUAACGAAAUUCCGUUCCGGAUUUUCCGAAUGUGCUACCGAAGUAUCGCGAUAUGUCAACCGCCUCGAGAACGUCGAUCCUGCCAUCAAGCAACGAUUGGUAUCACACUUGAACAACUGCGUGAGUCAUCUUCAGCAAAUGGCGCCGUUCUACAAUCACUACGUGCCCUACAUGCCGGAACGCCUCUAUCCGGAGGUAAAGGUCGGUUUCCAGAGCGAUUUCCAGAAUGGAGAUGAGAAUAACAACGGUAGCGCGAGAAUACAGAUACCGCAUGGAGUUCAAUUAAUCCCCAGUCGACUGCCGACCGGCGAAUUGGCACUCUUGGUGCCGCAAUCCGCCGGUAUCUCUGCGAAUUUCCCCUUCUUUCCGCCGACCACGGAUACAUCUACCAGGAUCGGUCAAUCUUCGGCUUUCACCGCGAUUCAGAGACCGCACAGCCCGCUGCUGAGUCCCUCGACUUCCACGUCCAGCUACGGCGACGAAAGUCAUCACUCGGAACAUCCGCAUGCAUCGUCACCCAAUCAUCAUCAGCCGCAACAUCGAUUCAAGUUACCGGAGCAGAGCCCUGCGUCGUCAAAGAGCUUCUCGUCCUCACCGGAGACCCAGAAAUCCCACAUUAGCUCGAGCAGCGAGCGAAAGUCGCCGACCACAACAUUUCUGGAACCGAAGUUCAAGGACGAUAAUGUCGCGACUAAAAAAGAUUCCGCAGAGAGUACGGAAAGUACCAGUCAUAUUAGCGGCUUUGCAGUGCACAGCUUGCGACAACCCCUUUCCGUGAUUACAGACAAGACUUACAAUCGCGCUCCGAAUAGCUCGUUGCUCGUGAAAGACAGUCUCAGGAGACGGUCUCAUUCCAACGGGCUUUUGGCGAUUUCAGAUAAGAGACCGAGAUAUCAGGAACCCACUAGUUCGUCCUCCUCGACAAAUAAUGUCGACUCGCUUAAAAGCACAAAUGAACAUUCGGUUACGACCGAGGAUUUGCCGGCAAGUCAAAAUUAUCAGACUCCACGAAACUCAAAUACAAGUUCCAAUAAGUUUUCAAUGAGCCCGGCAGGUCCUUUCGAUUCUAAUAACGACAUGUGGAGACCUUGGUAAUUACUGUUCCAAAAAAUUUGAAGAUAUAUUUUGAAAAAUGGAAAACUGUACGCAACGUUUCUACAUUGUGGUUAAUAUU